AUGGCACGACCACUUACCGGCGCGGAGAGAGCCCGUGUUCGGGCUCACAUGGAUCAUCUUGACAAGGCUAUGGCCGUUGUCACAGAGUCAGAGUUCGAUCCCGACAAGGUCAAUGCUGCUCACGAGGCGGCUGCCAGGGCGUAUCCCGUUAGCAAGGAAUUGUUCCAGGCUUAUAGAGCAGAGGUCCUGACAGAAAUGGCCGACCCCCUGAGGGUGUUGAACGACUUAUUUGAUAUCCUCAAACCAGACGCGCCUUGGGGUCUGGCCGUGUACCGUGCCUCAUACAACGACGAUGCGGCUUGGCAUCGUAUACUUUCUGUGCUCCGCCGAGAUAUCGAGUCAUCACUAGCAGUAUAUCAGGCUCAACCAGGCCUUCUCGCAAGACAUGAGUUGGUCGUUAUGGAUGAUCAGUCCAAAUUCGAAGGAGCAGGUCCCGAGAAGAUCCGCGAGCAUUUCAAUAGCUGGGCUGUAGAUGAGCUACAACGUAACUGGCGUGCCGACCGCGAGCCUGCGGCCAAGGACGAAAUAACUGGCGCAGCCGGCAGUACCGAUUAUCUGCACCAUGCUGGAUCUCGCUACAAUUUCUUUCUUCUUGUCGACGACAUCUGCCUCGAAUCCAUUGAGAUGAUGGACGAGCCCGUGUUCAAGCUCGUCAAGAGAAACUGGGCGCCCGAUAGAGAAGGAGCCGAAGACGAUGAAGACGAGAAGUUUGACUGGGAGGGCGGAGAAACAAAUAGUGACCAUGAAGACGUCGGUUGGAUGUACGUCGACACCAGUGACUACGUUAAUGUUCAGGAUCAGUUGCAAGAGGAUGAUUUCUGGCCGGAAUUGUAUGUGAGGCCGCCGCUCAUGCGUUGGGAGGAUGAUUUCAAUAGGGCGCCUGGUUUCUGGCGACGGAACGCAUCUUCUGCAUAG